UAAGUAUUAUGUUCAAUUAUAUGUGAUUUGCACACCGGAAACGAAUAAUUAUGAUUUUAAGACAUCAGUUUUAGUACAAUGUCACUUAACAAACAAUAACGCAAAUGUAAGAAAUAUGUGUCAGGAAGUUAAUACUAUAUUUCUUAACUUAAAUACUGACAGACUACAUGUCAUGGAAAUACAUGAGAAUUAGUUGUUUUUACUAAUGUUUACACUGAUAAUCAAAAAGCGUUUGUGACGCUUUACUCGAGAACGUCAAAGUACUGGCAAAAGUGAAAUAUCAUUUGGUGGACAAUUUAUGUUAUUUUGAAACAUUAAGAGAUGGCGACAUUUGAAAAUGUGCCGGACGCAUUUAAGUACGAUCCAUUGAAGUUAUAUUUAUACAAAAAGGCGAUUCGAAAGGGGAAAGAGAAGGACAGAAGGUUGCGAAUCAAUAUAAUAGGAAACUAUGCACAGGGCAAAACAUCUUUGGCCAGACGAUUAGCUGGGCUGACAUGUGAUGGAGUUACGUCAACAAAUGGCAUUGAAAUCAAUAGAUUUCAAUGUAAAAAUUCUAAUGAUGGAAGACUUGAAGCCGUGACGGAUGACGGUGAAUACUUUAUUGGCCGUAUGGCAUUAGUAGCCAAUUCAAUGCAAAGCGUUGCCCCAAAGAAAUUGAAUGAAGGAGGGAAGGAUGUCAGUCAGUCUAAAGAGACAUUGACAAGAAUCACAGAAUCUCCGGAGAAACCUAAAUUGUCGAAAGAAUCAAUAGAAAAGAAGCAGUUUGCGAUAUCGUCUGAAGAAUUUAAGACAUUUUCUACAAAAUUAGAUAUGACCUGCAAGGAGACAGAAAUAUACUUUGACAUUUGGGACUUCGGAGGACAGUAUACGUUUUACGCUACACAUACAUUGUUUCACAGCAAAAAGGCUUUGUAUCUUCUCGUGUUUGAUCUAUCAACGCCGCUAAAUACUAGAGUCAACGACGAAGAACAUCCGUCAGGAAAUAGCAAUAAAACUCUGGAGUAUUUUGCGAAGUUUUGGAUUGAGUCGAUUCAUUCUUUUGUUGGCCCAGAACCACCAGUAAUACUUGUUGGAACACACAGGGACAAAUUGCCCGGAAAUAAGCAAGAACAAGAUAAAACCUCAGAUCUCUACUUUGAGCAGGUCAGACAUAUAUUUGACAAAACGGAUAUGAUAUACCAUAUUCUUGCUGAAGAUUUUGCUGUUGAUAACAAUGAUCCGCGAGAUACUGAAACAGGCAGACUUUUACACUAUCUUCUAGGAAAGGGCCAAGAACUGUCGAACACUGAUGAAAUUCCAGCUAGAUGGAUACCACUUGAAAAGGCUUUACUAAAUAAGAAACAACAAAGAAUCAUCAAGUAUGAAGAUGUCUUGAGAAUCGAUUCAGAAAAUGAAUUUCCCCUCAACGAUAAUGAGGAAGUUAAACUGUUUUUACAAUAUCAACAUGAAAAGGGACUGCUAUUCUAUUUUGACGAGGAACCCAUUUCAGAAUAUGUUGUUGUGGAACCAAGGUACUUGAUAGAUGCCUUCAAAUGUAUAGUUACUCCAGAAAGAUUCCGGCUGAAACAACCGUCUCUUCGAGCUCUAUGGAAUGAACUAAGAAUGGAGGCGAAGCUCAGCAACGAACUGUUAAACGCAGUUUGGACAAAAAGCCCGGAUCGGUUUAUAGAGAAUAAGACAGUUCUACUCGAAUUCCUGAAGAAACACUGUAUAAUUUCUCCAGUAGUUGAAUUCGACGAAAAAAGUGGAGAAUACAAAGAGCAUGAAUGGUAUAUCAUUCCAAGUUUACUCCAAGAUACCAUUACCGAAAGCGAUAUGAGAGAUUUUAUAAUGGGAAAGUCACAAACGCAGAUACGCUACAUAAUGAUGUUCGAGAAGUCAACGAUUGUACCAGUCUUGUUUCACAGAUUAUUGUGUGCAGCUCUUGGAAGAUGGCCAGUUUUAAAUCUUGGAAGCAAUAAGCUCCUUUUUAAAAAUAUGGGCAUAUUCAAGCUAGAAGGGAGCUAUGCUGGAGUUGCAGAAAUGACAUUUUCACAUAUAGAAUUGCGGACAAUAAGCCUGUCUAAUUGUCCGAUGAAAGCGGAUGUUUCAGAAAGUUUCAGACGCUAUGUUGGAUCUGUCGUACAACAUGAGUUCAGGAAAUUGAAUUACCAAAUGGAUAAAGUACGAAAGCCUUUUAUACAACAAUACAGAUGCAAUCACGAAAUUCACGGACUGUCCGGAAGUCACACAGUCUUUAACUUAGAUCGUCUAGACGAAAAAGGGUGUAUAUUCUGUCCAGACAACUUUUCUCAUCAAUACUGUAGUCAAAAGGAAGCCAAAGCUGAAUGGUUUAUAGACGAGUCAUCAAAUACAGUAUUCCCGGAUAAAAUACUAACCGAAAAACAGCUGAGUCAGUUAGCGGGUUUGGCAAUCGGAAAAAAUUGGCAGUUAUUAGGAAUAGAGUUAGGUGUAACACAAGUAGAAAUCGAUCACAUCGAAGAGGAAAAUUCUAGUAUUGCUUUGCGUGUGUACAAAAUGCUACAUAAAUGGAAAGCUAGGUCAGCCAGCAAAGCUACCCUGAAUGUUUUGGCACAAAAAAUGAAAUAUUGUAAAGCUGUUAAUAUUGACUGGGAUGAAGUUCGAAAUAUUAAAGACGAACUCGAUGGAACACGAAAGGGCGAUCGAAUAGAAUUUAGCCAAACGUUAUCGGACCAGGUCCUGGAAGGAAAUGGGGACCUAUUUCUUGAGUGUGCCAUUACGAAACCAGAUGCAAAAGUUACCUGGCUUAAGGAUGGACUUGAAAUCAAGACAACAGCUUGUGUAACAGAGUGUAUGAAUCACCAUGUCCAUCAACUUACAUUGAAAAAUGCUACAGUGAAAGAUUCUGGCACAUACAAAUGUAUGUUUAGGAACACAUACAAAUGUAUGUUUAGGGACAUCAGCACAGAGUGUUUCGUCAACAUUUAUGACAGACAAACACCUGUCGAGUUCAAACAGGAACUUACGGACCAACAAAUCGACGACACAAAUUGCAUUGCAACCUUUAAAUGUGAGAUUAACAGAAAUGCUACAGAUGUUCGAUGGUUCCACAAUGACGAUGCCUUAUCAUCUUCUAACAAAUAUAUAAUGACGAACGAAGGACCAAUACAUACAUUAAAAAUUAGAAGUGUUGUUGAGGGUGAUGAAGGGAAAUACUGUGUCGUUGUUGAUGGUAGAAGAUCUGAAGCUUACCUGUACUUUGAAGACACGGAAGAAGAGAGAGAAUUAUUUCAUCAACAUUUGUCAGAGAAACUAAAGAAAUGGGCAGACAUGGAAAAAGCUGGAUACAUAUAUGGAGCUCAAAAAGAGAGCUUUCCAGAUAUUACAAGUGAAAAUAUGACAAAAGAGAGGGCAGAGAUGGAAAAAGAUGGACAUAUAACAGUUGAAAAUAUGACAAAAGGGAGAUGUGUACGGACGCUCUAUUAUUGCGAAGGCGACAACCCAGAAGAACUUUCAUUUCGGCCUAAUGAGAUUAUCUCAAAUGUGAGACCAUCUAAGGAGCCUGGCUGGUUAGAAGGUUUUUUGAAAGGGCGUAUAGGACUAAUUCCUGAGAAUUAUGUCGAGUAUAUUGAUUGACGUACAGAGCUUGAAUAUAUCUUCAUCCAUCGUUGAGAUGUUUCAACCUGGCUCUCUUGCAGUUUUGAGACUAUAGUUUAGAAUCUGUCAUGCUAUAAGUAAAGAGUGUAUACACAUACAUUAAUUACAGGUCCGUUUCAAAUUUUAACUACAUAGCAAAUUAUCUAAUAUUUUGUCGCAUACCCCUUUGUCGUAAAAUCAGGAUCAUGCUUAUAUUUAUUUUGCAAAAGAAACAUAAUUUUUCUUAAGCGAUUUGGGAAGUAAAGUUUAAGUUGUUUAUCAUAAAUUGCGAAUAUUUUACAUAAUUUACCGAUCCUUAAUUCCUAUAUCAAUAAUAUCGAACAUUUUUUGGAAGAAACAAAAUAUAACACUCUUUGCAUGUAACUCAUGCAGAACUGUUCCAAACUGAGUACAAAAGAGGACUGAGAAAUAUAUAAUAUUUAGUAGACAAAACAUGAUUUUAUUGUCGAGAAAUUUCUUGUUAAGAUUUUUGUAUUACCCAUAAAUUAUACUUGUUCAUCAUGACAGUAAAACCGUAUAGCGUCUUAGCAGUGAAAACUAUUUCAAACGAAAUAAACACAGAAUUAGUUUGAGUCCCAAAGUUGGCUUAUACACUAUGUUUGGUUGAAAGAAGAUACUAUGAGAAAGUUAAAAUAAUUCAGUUUCACCAAUCAGCUAAAAACCUGGAUUGUGGUUCUAUAUGCUAAUUACAUUUUCUAGUCAAUAUUUCAAUAUUUAACAAUAUUUAAGGAAAACGCAAAUUAUUUUUCAUAAAUAUCAAAAUUAAUUCGACCUACUUAAUAUGAUCUAUCCCAUCGAUAGGUGCACUUUGUUAUGACUCCACACGUUGAUGCGGGGGCAAAUAACGUUUCUGUUCUCCGUAUGUCCCCACAUCUUUUGUGUUCAACUCUUCCCACAAUAUUAUCCUCAUUUGCUUCAAACUUUCACAGACGAACCAACCUAGAUGUGCAGAUUACUACGAAGGAAUGAUUUUUAUGUGACUGUUAUUAUCACAUUUAUGACCCUUUGAUAAUUUUGCUAAUUCAGCUCCUCUCACACUAUUAGACCGAUUUGUCUCAGACUUUUAAAGAUGAACAGUCAUGACGUGCAGAUGACAAUAAUUGAAGAAUUUUUGUUCUGUGCCUAGAUUGUGCGGAUCAAUUGUGUAAAAUGAUUUAUCACUUUAAUUCAUCUAAUUCAAUCGCUUAACCUGUAUAACUUUUUUUUUAGAAAUAACAUAUGCGUGGUCUUGAUUUAGCCGACAUAGAGAGAAUUACAAAUAGCUCUGCAGUUAAAUUUUUAGACGGACCUUUAGUCUUCAUUUAACGAUUAGAUGGACAUUUGUUUAUAAGAAAUUAGAACAUCGCCAAAUAAUAGAAACAAAAAGAGUCGUUUAACAUAAAUCACAUGAAAAGGCCGCACACCGGACAGUUCCACACAAUUAGCCAUUGAAACGUCAUCAUUUUCAAAAAUCUGUUUUUAUGCAUUUGCAAUAGUGUAUCGUGCUAAAAGGUUACCUAAAUACGUUUAACAUCAAAUUAACAACAAAUUUAAAAGUUGUUUAUUUGGAUUUUGUUACAAUGGCAAUUCUUAAUGGGAACAUAAAAGUAUUCAGUAAGGAAAGGUACAGUAAAUCAUAUUACAUUGGUAACUGGUUGGUGAAAAUGUUGUUCCUUUACCAACAAGUAUGAGAAAUAUCCUUUCACUAUCAUGCUCUCUUUUGUAUGGAUGGAUCGUGUCGAUUUCAUAAAAGUCAUAAAAGUUAUUAUUAUCAUUGCUUAACAUUAGUUUCGGAAUAAACUGCAAAUGGCGUUCUGUCAAAAAUUGCAUAUGGCGGAAUUGCAGAUAAAAUGGUUAGAUUCAAUGAAUUACUUACUUAUCUAUUUUAUUAUCAGUGCUUGGUCAUUGAUUACUGCAAUUAUCUAGAAACUUUAUGAAUAUUUCUAUGAAAAGCAGCACUAUGUUAGUAUGAUUUGGUACUGCUGCUCGUUUUCAUAUAAUAUAUAAACCUGAAUCUAAUUCGUAACAUCUAUACAGACCUUGGUCCAUUGAUAAUGCUUAUUCAUGCAUAUAUGGUUGUAUAGUUAUUUAUAAUGGCAAAUAUCUUAUUCUUGCUAGGUGUAUGCAAAUGUGUUAAUGUUCAUGUAAGAUUUUGACUAUGCAUUACCUCUGAUGUAAUACGGUACAUUCGUAAUCAUUUUGUGCCUUUUUUAGUGUAACCGUUGCAAGAAUAAAGUAUUUGCCAUAAUUAUAUGGAUGAGAAGUUCAAGAUUAUUUAGCCUCACCUUCCUUAUUUGUUUGGGUAUCGGUGUCAAACUAGGUAUAAUUGUACAGUUACUGUAAAAAUUAAAUAUUGUGUUAUUGAAGCACUACGUGCAUUGAACGCGUUGAAUAUAUAGAGGAUAUUACAUAAGUGUCUUUUCAUAUUGAAUUUAUUAAACGAGUUGAAUAAAAUAAUAAAAUGCGAGGCUCUGCCGAGCAUUUUAUCAAUUUUAUUCAAUGAGUUUAAUAAAUUCGAUGUGGAAAGUAACAAAUGUAAUAUUCUUUUUAUCACAUGUUAACUUUUCCUGCCAAAACAUAAAAAAUCUACUUUCUUUAACUAUUAUAAACAAAUCAAUUUGACCAAUGUCACCGAUACUUUAAACGACGUCGACGUCAAAGCUUUAUUACACUAGUGUAUUAUCAAAAUUAUUUAAUCAUGGCUUUAUUUCACACCCGCAACGUCAAACAUGUGAUAAAACAAUAUAAUGCUAGCAGCCAAAGGCUUGCACGAUACUAUUUGGUACAACUCUGUAAAUAAAGUUAAUACUGAAA